UGAUAAGCUAUUAUCACAUGGAGGCGAUAUGAUGUGUCUCUGGAGAGCUCACCGGACCAUUCUAAUGUGCCUUAUGAUUGAUGGCGACCGUGUCUAGAGGUACCCUGAUCCGAGGCUGUAGCUGGGGUCAGAUAUAUAUCUAUCCGCCUGUCAUGCCAGCGUGCCUUCCCGAGUUUCAACAGCAGCAAUGGCCAUGUUGUCAUCAUCCACAAAUGAUUUGUCCCCAGACAUCAACCAACAGAAGAGAUUCCAGCCACAACUUCAUAAUCCCUCAACAACUGUGUCCGCCCCGCUACCAUAACCCUUGGUAAAUGAACCCGGAUUUCUGGCAGCGCUGCGACGCUCCCCAUGACAUGAGCUUACGAGAUUUGUCCUUCCACCAAAAUAAGCUCGAAAAGCCUGAAUGGAGCAACUGAGAAGAUGGCGGUUGGCAUGAGCCAGUUCCCUGGGUCGAGUGAAAAGGCCGAGGAACACCGACAGCCUGUCAGCCUGCCCGUUCUCCCCCAGCUUGAAGGCGCAACAUUCGACGCCAACCUCCGCGACCGGCACAUCAUCUACGACUACGCGGCCCACGACGGCAACGGCAAGCCGGAGAAAUGGCGCUACGAGAUCUGGUCCUUCAACGAAGACCGGGUGGUCUACGCCAUCCACGGCGGCCCGAUGGCCGGCCGCAAGAACUUCCAAACGGCGACGUAUCAGUGCAUCCGUCCCGGCGAGCUAUGGCAGGUCAACUGGUUGGAGGAAACGGGGACGAUUUGCUCCUUGGUGUUCGAUAUCUCGAGCCGACGCUCGAGUACUCUGCUGGGCUUCUCCAAAGGCCACUGGACCCAGAACGAGGCUGCGCAUGGCGACAAGCGCAACUUGGAGGAUUUUGUCCGCUGGCGCGAGUUGGCGAGGAUUGGAUCGUCGCAGGCGGACCGAGUGAUGUUGAGUGAGCAGGCUGACAUCCUGCAGGAUUUCCACGGAGCGGGGGAGCUCAAGCCGAUUGAUCCGUCCUGGCCAACGCUGUAA